AGGGACAAUUCAAAUGUUUAGAUAAACUAACGAAUCUUGGACAUCUUUUGGGAAUCCUGAAACUCAAUAAUUUGGCAGUUUAUUCUCGAAAAUACUUCUUGCCAUAAGUGGGAGUCGUAGUCGAUUCAAUCAUCAAAGUACAACGUCACCCAAGAUCUCCUCUAAUCAUGGCCGGAGUUCAAACAUACAACCUCGGAGACUGGAAGCUACAAUCUGGACAAACCAUUACGGACGCCACUAUUGCAUACAAGACUUUUGGAGAUCCAAAAUCUCCAGCAAUCAUUUAUCCGUCCUGGUACUCAGGAUCAAUCGCCGAUAAUGAGUGGCUCAUCGGAGAAGAUCAUACCUUGAAUCCUAAGAAGUACUUUAUCAUCAUCACAGCACUUUUUGGCAACGGUCAAUCCACCUCACCCUCGAACUCUGACAUUAAGCCCUUCCCAAAAGUCACUUUCUAUGACAAUGUUCGAGCUCAACAUAUUCUUGUAACCGAGCACUUGAAGAUUCAACAUGCACGUGCAGUACUGGGCUGGAGCAUGGGAGCUGGACAAACAUUUCAAUGGGCUACCAUGUACCCGGACUUCAUGGAUAUUUGUGUCCCUUUCUGUGGAGCUGCUAAAACAUCUUUACAUAACCAAGUCUUUCUCGAAGGUGUUAAAUCCGCUCUGCUCUCUGCAAAGAGGCAUCCAUCUGCUGGAGUAUGCGCUGAUGGAGCUCUUCCUAAAGGCGAAGAGUAUAGAAUGUGGAGUUCUGAGGAGAAAGAAGUUGGUUUGAAAGCUCUUGGAAGAGUAUAUGCAGGCUGGGGGUUUUCCCAAGCCUUCUACCGAGAAAAGUUGUACGAAAAAGUGCUUGGAUUUAAGGGACUCGAAGAUUUCAUGGUCAACUUUUGGGAGUCCUGGGCAUUGAGCAAAGAUCCUGAAAAUAUGUUGGUUAUGUUAUAUACAUGGCAAGCGGGAGACUGCUCGCAGCAGGAGCCGUAUAAUGGAGACUUCAAAGCUGCGAUGCAAGGAAUCAAGGCGAAAACGCUUGUUCUGCCAGGAAAAACAGAUCUUUAUUUUCCACCAGAAGAUUCGGAAAUUGAAGUUGCAAAUAUGAAGGAAGGUGUAGGAAACCUAGAUGUUUUCCCAAGCAUCUGGGGCCACUGGGCUGGCGGACCAGGCGAUAGCAAGGACGAUGUGAAAUGGCUGGACGAGAAGCUCCGUGAGAUAGGCCUCUGAUGAAUGGAAGCUCUCCGCUGUCCUUCAGCAGUCCGGAUCAUGUGGCUUCAGAGCUCCGUCGAGAAGCAAAUAAUGCACAUCAAUAAUUAAACUCUGAAUUUCCGAAC